CAUCUCUCUUUCUCUCUCUCUCUCUCUGUCCCCAUUUUCUCUCCUCUUUAUCCCUCUUUAGAACAUCAGAUAAGAAAGAAAUGGAUCACAGUGAAGCAGCCAACUCUAACACUAACUCAACUUCUCCUUCUUCUUCAUGUUCCCCGCCGCCUCCACCUACGGUGGUUAUUAGUCCUUGCGCUGCUUGUAAGAUUCUCAGGCGAAGAUGCGCCGAGAAAUGUGUUUUGGCUCCGUAUUUUCCUCCUACUGAACCGGCGAAGUUCACCAUUGCUCAUCGCGUGUUUGGCGCUAGCAAUAUCAUUAAGUUCCUACAGGAACUUCCAGAAUCUCAGAGAGCUGAUGCAGUGAGCAGCAUGGUUUAUGAGGCAAGUGCAAGGAUCAGAGAUCCUGUUUAUGGCUGCGCAGGGGCAAUUUGCCAUCUUCAAAAACAAGUCAAUGAGCUCCAAGCACAAUUAGCUAAAGCACAAGCUGAGCUUGUUAAUAUGCAAUGCCAGCAAGCUAAUCUUGUGGCCUUCCUCUGCAUGGAAAUGGCUCAAUCUCCUCAACAAUCAUCUGAACAAUCCGUCGACAACUUCAUUAGCACCCCGCAGAGCUACCAGAGCAAUCCUUGCUUCAUGGAGGACAACAACAAUUUUGGGUCACUCUGGGAGCCUCUCUGGACAUAAUUUAAACUAUUAUCAUAAACACAAUAUCUACAGCUUAAUUAUGAUAAUUAAUGUGCCAAUGAAGUUCUCCUAACUCAAGGGUAGCUCCUAAUGAGAAGGAGAAAUCCAAGGACAUUAAUUUUAAUAAAAUUAAUUAACUUAAUUAUUAUAGGUUUAGAUAAUCAAGUGUGGUAAGCACUAGGAUAUGGCCUUUGAAUUUCUUUUCUGUAAUCUUUAUUUUUGCUAUCUAAAUUAGGAGAGAAAAUGAAAGAAGAUCACUUUUUCUUUUUUCAAUCUAUUUUUUUUUUCUUUAA